GAAAUACAUCGGUAGUGCGCAUGCGUUGUUCAAUGUUUCUAUUAGCAACGCUGGUAGCGAUUUGAUUCUGUCUCCAAGAAAGUUGACAAUUUUCAGACGGCGGAGAUAUUUCUGAUGACUUUGUAAAGAGCAUUUAACAGCAACAAAAAUGGAGAUAGUAUAUGUAUACACUAAGAAGAGGGCCGAGUUUGGCCGGCAGUGCAAUUUCACUGAUCGAUCAGCUGAAUUGCAUGUUGAUAUUUUGCCAGAUCCAAGCCUUGCAGAAAAUUUUAUUGAGAGGAAUCCAGUUGACUCGGGAAUACAAUGUGUCCAAGAAAUGUCAGAACAUGAGGUCAAUACAGAGAGAUUUGAAACUGGUUCUCGCGGUAUUAACCACACAGAGGGUGGCUGGCCUAAAGAUAUCAAUCCACAAGAAGUGGAGCAGGUCACCAGAUUCAGAAAGAAAGUUGAGAAAGAUGAAAUGUAUGUCAACACAAUACACCAACUUGGAACGAUAAUGGAACACUGUAUAAAACAAAAUAAUGCUAUAGAUAUAUAUGAAGAAUAUUUUGAACACGUUCACUUGGAUGAAGUAGAAGAAUCACCAUCAGCCAAAACCAUCAAUGUAUUUAGAGAUCCCAAUGAGAUCAAAAGAACAGCCACACAUAUAUCCUGGUUCCCAGAUGGUCCCAGAAAACUGGCAGUGGCCUAUUGUAAUCUUGAGUUUCAGGGAUCUUCACCAGAUACCAGCAUGGACUCAUACAUCUGGGAUGUUGAAAACCCAAACAAACCAGAGAUGACAUUGAAGCCAGUAUCUCCGUUGGUGUGUGUCGAGUACAAUCCCAAAGAUUCACAUGUUCUACUAGGAGGCUGUUACAAUGGACAAAUUGCUUACUGGGAUGUACGUAAGGGAUCUCAGCCUGUAGAAAUGUCACCAAUAGAGCACAGUCACAGGGACCCAGCAUACAAGGCAAUGUGGAUCCAGUCUAAGACUGGUACCGAAUGUUUCUCAGCUUCCUCUGAUGGUCAGGUACUCUGGUGGGAUAUCAGAAAAAUGGGGGAACCAACUGAAAAGCUCAUCUUAGAUCCAACAAAGAAACUUGAUAUGACUAAAGCACAAGGAGCAAUGGCAUUAGAAUACGAAGCAACUAUGCCAACAAAAUUCAUGGUUGGUACAGAGCAGGGUACAGUGAUGUCAUGUAAUAGAAAAGCUAAGACACCAGCGGAGAAAAUUGUUGCCAUUUACCCCGGUCAUCUUGGACCCGUAUACUCACUACAGAGAAAUCCAUUCUUCCCGAAAAAUUUCCUCAGUGUGGGAGACUGGAAGGCAAGAAUCUGGUCAGAAGAUAUCAGAGAAUCUUCUAUUAUGUGGACAAAACAAUAUCAGUCAUAUCUCACAGAUGGUUGCUGGAGUCCUAUCCGACCCUCCGUGUUCUUUAUUACCAAAAUGGACGGUACUUUGGAUGUCUGGGAUAUUAUAUUUAAACAGAAUGAUCCAACACUCAGUUUACAGGUGUGUGAUGAACCACUGCACAGUUUACGUGUACAAGAACAAGGACGAUUGGUGGCGUGUGGCUCACACACAGGAACUACAACAUUGUUAGAACUUUCAGAUAGUCUGUAUACAUUACAGAGAAAUGAAAAGAACUUAGUAACUGCUAUGUUUGAAAGGGAAACUAGAAGAGAAAAGAUAUUAGAUGCUAGACAUAGAGAAAUGAAAUUGAAAGAAAGAGCAAAAAGUUCAGCUGAUGGAGGAAAAGAAAAGGAAGAGGAGGGAGGUGAGGAACCAUUAGCGGGAGAUGAAGAUCUGUACCAGAAGGCUGAGGACGAGUUUUGGUCUAUAAUCAACCAAGAGAAAAAGAACAUAGAGAAAAAGAAGGAUGCAGAAAUGGACAAGGCUGAUCCUGGAAAGCAAUCACCAAUACCCGAGGACCAGGAACAAGAAGCAGCGGGUGAAGGAGAGAAGAAAUAAAUCAUGAAAUAAACUUGCAACAGUGACUGGUUACCAUUGUUUAACAUGUGCUAGCAGUGUUUUGUUCAGUCAAAAAAAACCCAGGAAAUUCAGCAUUUACCAUGACUUAUGUUUGAUAUGAAAGACAACGGAGGUUCACUUCAGUGAGAUAAUCAUGGACUUUAAAUAAUGGAUCUUCUUGUAAUGAUGAAAGCUUGUGUGGCUUGUUUUUCUUGCAAGAAUGAGUUUGGCUAUUUUCAUUAAAUAGUGUUUACUGCUGAAUUUGUAUCUGCUAUUUUCAUUAAAAUACAGUAUGAAUCGUCCACCUAACCAAAAACACUGUGAUUUACUCAUUCAUUCCAAUUUCAUCUCAUUUUACUUACCAUUUUGACAGAAGGGAGUGUUGGGGUGGGGGGUGUAGAGCAGGGAAUGCAAUUUUCAGUUUUCUAAAUAAAAUGUUCUGUUUUCGUGAAUUGAAUUUGCAAGUUAUAACAACAGAAUGCAAGCAUGAUGCCUAUGGCAAAAAGGAGGAUAGCUUUAGCUGAGUCUCUAUUUGCUAGUUCUCUAAAAAAAAAGGCAGCUUAACCAUUUUUGAAAAAAGAAAAAUGACUUAAUUACCCAGAAUGCAAUUCAUGGUAUUGCAUGGGCUGCUUUCAUUUAAGCAUUUAUUUGUUCUAUGGAUUAUGUAAGAGAUUUAUUUAGUUUCCAUAAAGUUAAUUCUGUAUAAAACCCAUGAACCAAAAUCUUAAUUUACUUUUCCUUCUUGUUUAUUUUUCCUAAUUUAUGAAAUAAUUUUUUGCUAUUUUACUUUGAAGAUUGUGAUAAACAUCUUAUGAUGUUAUAUGUUUACAACUGUUACAAAUAUAUUUACUGAAAAAAAAAAGUGAAAUAAAGAAAUUUUGAAAUAACAA